AUGCGGGGUUGGUUCGACGCGUUUCGGCACGAUGGCGGGCCGACGUUGUAUUCGUACAGCAACCGGACGCCUGUCACCGGCGACCCGCUGUCCGUCACGCUCUACGUCAUCUUCUUCACAGUCUUCGCCGCCUUCAUGCUCAUCUUUCCCGGCGUCCGAAAGGAGAAAUUCACCACUUUUCUGAGCGUCACUCUCAGCCUGUUCGUCGGCACCGUGAUACUUGUCUCUCGCUUUGCUUCUCCUCCCAUGUCAAGUGAUGGAACGCCGAAAACGCUGUUUGUUGGGGAGGAUGUGUCGAGGCUGGUCGGUUUCGAUCCGCGGCGGCGGCGCUGGCGGCCGCCGCCGCCGCCGCCGCCGCUGGAGGCCACGACUUUCCCUUUCUGUCUCGUUCUCUCGCUUCCGUUCCGCUUCUUCGCGUCUCUUCCGGACACGCUGCGAUUGUGUUGA